AUGUCUGACCCUGUUUCCUUUGAAAAAAAUACCAUUAUAGUUAUCUUUGGUGCUUCUGGUGAUUUAGCCAAGAAGAAGACCUUCCCUGCUUUAUUUGGUCUAUUUAGAGAAGGUUACUUAGAUCCAUCUACAAAGAUUAUCGGUUAUGCUCGCUCUAAAAUAACAAAUGAUGAAUUAUAUGAUAAAAUUGAACCUAAUUUAAAGAAACGUCAUGGAAAAGAAGAUGAUCAAAAAGUUAAAGAUUUUUUCGGAAUGAUUAAUUAUAUAUCUGGCCAAUAUGAUACAGAUGAAGGUUUUGUUCAAUUGAAUAAUGAAAUUGAAACCUUUGAGAAAUCUCGUAAUAUAUCUACUCCUCAUCGCCUAUUUUAUUUGGCUUUACCACCUAGUGUAUUCUUACCUGUGGCUCAACAAUUAAAGAAACUUGUUUAUGCAAAAGAUGGUAUAACGAGAAUCAUUGUUGAGAAACCUUUUGGUCAUGAUCUAGAUUCUGCUAGAAAAUUACAAGCAGAUUUAGCUCCUCUAUUUAAAGAAGAAGAGAUAUUUAGAAUAGAUCAUUAUUUGGGAAAAGAAUUGGUCAAAAAUUUAAUUCCAUUAAGAUUCGGAAAUAAAUUUUUAAAUUCUUCAUGGAAUAAAAACUCUAUCCAAAAUAUUCAAAUAUCGUUCAAAGAACCAUUUGGAACGGAAGGUCGUGGUGGUUAUUUCGAUUCAAUCGGGAUUGUGAGAGAUGUCAUGCAAAAUCAUCUGCUACAAAUUCUUACUUUGUUAACAAUGGAUAGACCUAUCUCUUUCAACUCAGAGGAUAUUCGUGAUGAAAAAGUUAAAGUGUUAAAGUCAUUGGCUCCAAUAAGUAAUGACGAUAUUUUAUUAGGCCAAUACGGUAAAUCUAUCGAUGGUACUAAGCCAAGUUAUUUGGAUGACGAGACAGUAAAACCUAAUUCCAAAUGUGUAACAUUCGCAGCAUUAACAUUCCAUAUUAAUAACGAUCGUUGGGAUGGUGUUCCAAUCAUCAUGAGAGCUGGUAAGGCUCUUGACGCCGGCAAGGUUGAAAUCAGAGUACAAUACAAAAAUAUUCCUACAGGUAUGUUUAAUGACAUGCCAAAUAAUGAAUUGGUUAUUAGAGUACAACCAAAUCCCGCUGUGUAUUUAAAAUUUAACGCAAAGACACCAGGUUUAUCUGAUACGACGAGUAUCACUGAUCUAGAUUUAACAUAUGAGGAUAGAUAUAGAGAUUUUUGGAUACCAGAAGCUUAUGAAGCAUUGAUUAGAGAUGCUUUAUUAGGUGAUCAUUCAAAUUUUGUCAGAGAUGAUGAAUUAGAUAUAAGUUGGAAACUAUUUACUCCAUUAUUGAAUUAUAUUGAGAGUCCGGAAACACCAGCUCCAAGUGUUUAUCCAUAUGGUUCCAGAGGACCAGAAGGUUUAUCUGAAUACUUGAAGAAGAAUGGGUUUGAUUAUAAUGGAACUGAAACUUAUUCUUGGCCAAUUACAUCACCACAUUCCUCAUAA